UUAGAUCGAAAGCACAGUGCCAAUCGGAACUACAACGUACAAUAUGCUGAUCAAGAUAAUAAAAACAAGAACAAAACGAGAUUCGCCUGCGCCUGUGUAUUGAUUACCUUUGAUGACAUUACUCGUAGUGGAUACGCGCCGCGACCGGCCCUCUCUCGCUCUAUUUAAAUCGCUUCGGUGGGCUGCGAGUGGAUGCCAUUGCUUCGUAAUACGUUUCCGUUUCUGAAGGGAAGGGAUGGCAAUGCGCAUGUGCAGCUCUGGCUUUCCUGACUCGCCGGUUUCCGCCAUUUUCUACCUUUUACCAGAGAAAGAAAUCUUCCCGGGCCAGUUUGCGGAGUCCCAAAAUACGGCGGGUUUACACGACGAUAACUCGCACAUCUACCCGACCAUGGACGACGACAGCAAUCCGAAGACCCUCUAUGUAGGCAACCUGUCCAGAGAUGUAACGGAAGUCCUGAUCCUUCAGUUAUUCAGCCAGAUUGGGCCCUGCAAGAGUUGUAAGAUGAUCACAGAGCAACCCGAUAGCAGAAGGGUCAACUCUUCUGUUGGAUUUUCUGUUUUGCAGCAUACAAGCAAUGACCCCUAUUGCUUUGUGGAAUUCUAUGAACACAGAGAUGCUGCUGCUGCAUUAGCAGCAAUGAACGGAAGGAAGAUAAUGGGAAAGGAAGUCAAAGUAAAUUGGGCAACAACUCCAAGCAGUCAGAAGAAAGACACUUCAAGUUUACAUGGCCACAAAACUGGAGUUUGGGAGAUGUUUACCCAGUCUGAGGGACCAAUACCCCAGGAGCACGUGUAUCACUUUCAUGUCUUUGUUGGAGAUUUGAGUCCCGAAAUCACCACAGAAGAUAUCAAAGCUGCUUUUGCUCCAUUUGGUAAAAUCUCAGAUGCACGUGUAGUGAAGGAUAUGACAACAGGGAAAUCUAAGGGCUAUGGGUUUGUGUCCUUCUACAACAAACUGGAUGCAGAAAAUGCCAUUGUGCAUAUGGGUGGUCAGUGGUUAGGAGGUCGGCAAAUUCGUACAAAUUGGGCAACUCGCAAGCCUCCUGCACCAAAGAGUGUACAGGAAAAUAAUUCUAAGCAGUUGAGGUUUGAAGAUGUUGUUAAUCAGUCAAGUCCACAAAACUGCACGGUCUACUGUGGUGGUAUCCAGUCUGGUCUAACUGAACAGCUUAUGAGACAGACUUUCUCGCCCUUUGGACAAAUCAUGGAGAUAAGAGUUUUCCCUGAAAAAGGCUAUUCGUUUAUCAGGUUUUCCUCUCAUGAGAGUGCAGCACAUGCUAUCGUUUCAGUGAAUGGAACAACCAUCGAAGGCCAUAUGGUGAAGUGCUACUGGGGAAAGGAGUCUCCAGACAUGGCAAAAAAUUUCCAGCAGAUGGAAUAUGGCCAGUGGGGACAAUGGAAUCAAAUGUAUGGGAACCCACAGCAGUAUGGACAGUAUAUGGCCAAUGGCUGGCAGGUGCCUUCUUAUGGAAUGUAUGGGCAAGCAUGGAAUCAGCAAGGAUUUGGAGUCGAGCAGUCUCAGUCACCUGCCUGGAUGGGAGGCUUUGGAGCUCAGCCACCACAAGGACAGGGGGCGCCAGUGAUACCAAACCAAGCUGGAUUUGGGAUUGGCUAUCAAACGCAGUGAGAAAGAAGAAAGAGAAAAAGAAAGAGGACUCGCAAUUUACCUGCUCCCGCCAAGGAAGGAGACCGGCAUGUCUACACCUGGAAAGGAGUUGAUUAUUUAUUUACAAGAUUUGAACCUGUAGCACAGCUUCGCUUUUGGUGGAGGAUCUACAAUUUAUUUUUCCCCCCCUUUUUUUUUUGUUCUCCUGGGUUGGGGUGGGUGGGUUUAUUCUAAAGGUUGUUUUCAUGUCUGAGAGAAAAUAAAAUCGACAGAACUUUUUUGAAAUUCCUGUCUCUGAAUUUCUACACUUCGAAGCAGUAAACAAAACAAAAGUAAUUGGACACAAUUAUCAACGAGUGGGCAGUCGUGGCAGCAGGGCAAUGGAAAGACCCCUCUCUGUGGUGGCUGAAUGGCAAACUCAAGGUAGGAACUUGUCACACCCUUGGACCGGUGACUGCAGCGGAGGUGGAGUUCAGACCUUGUUGUGUUUUUUUUUGGUCUUGUUUUCCAUCCCUUCUCAAGAUUUUUUUUUCUUCAAAAUUACAGAUGUUUAUGGAUUUAUUGACAAUUUUUUUUUUUUUUUUUUCCAUUUUUUUAGUUUAAUUGGCAAUCUUGUCCUGAAUUCCAAGCCUGUCUAAUUUGGAUUGAAUUAAGUUGUACACUUGAGCCAUUCUGAACCUUUUUAAUGCGGCGCUUACCCUCGCUCCACUGACUUGUCUCUGCCGGUGUCAUCCUCCUGAUGAAGCUCUGGCGUCCUCCUUGCACAUACAUGUCACUGUGGGUGGCACUGGAGAGGCUUUGAAGGCCCUUGUGUAAAUACAUUUUGAUAAUUUAGUAGGGCAGCGGUUUUAAAGCAUGCUUUUUCAUUGCAGUCGAUGCCGAAUGUGCAGCGCGUGACUGAGUGAUGGACUUUGUGAAGAAGUCGAGAGGAAGCUUUAACUUGACUCCAAACCCCCACCCCCCUUGUUCACAUUGCUGGAUGAAAAGCAAACGGGCGUCUGGGCCUCCAGUCGUCGACUUUGUCCAACGUGCUCGGGUUGGCUUUGGUUUUAUUUUGCUUGGUUUUUUUUUCCUCCCACCCAGAAAACUUGUUCAUUUGAACUUUUGUGCCAUUUUGUUAAUGGGGCUGGGAUGAGCUGCAAACUGGCAUGGGUGGGGGGGCGUGAGGGGUGGGGGGGGUGAUUUGCAUGUGAAGAUGGAAGGUGACACACAAAUGUACAAAAAGCAGGGCUGUUUGAGAGUGGAGUGUCUGAGUAAACCUAGCAGUUGUCUGAAUGAUUACGUUUAGUUACUGUCUGAAUUUUCGUUACUGCAGUUUAAAAUCUAAAUAAAUGAUACUUUGAGCCAAA